CUGAUCUCGCUCUUUCACCCGGAAGUGGUCAAACGCUCAUACGUGCCUUUACAAUCACUGCCUUAAAAUCUUAACUUUUUGGACAUUAUAUGUGGUGAAAUAUUUAGAAGAAAUUAUCUCUAACGAAUGUACAAUGUCAGGUCGCAAACGAAGCCGAGAGCACCACGAGGACAGACAUGAACGGAAGAAACAUAAGGAGGCAAAACAAGAUAAAGACAAACACCAAAACCAAACCAGAAAACUGAUUCAUGAGGUGCAGAAACUCAAGCAUGUGGAGACUUUCUAUGAAAAUCCUCCCCCUGGGUUCAUAAAGGAAGAGGAUGACAGACCAGAGGACUGUAUUCCUGAUGAUCCUGGUAAUGAGGAUGCUAGGAGCUUUUUGGCUCACGCUCCCACCAAAGGACUGUGGAUGCCUCUGGGCAAAGAGGUGAAGGUCAUGCAGUGCUGGAGAUGUAAGAGGUACGGCCACAGAACAGGAGACCGAGAAUGUCCUUUCUUUAUCAAAGGCAACCAGAAACUGGAGCAGUUCAGAGUGGCACAUGAGGAUCCAAUGUACGAUAUCAUCCGUGAAAACAAACGCAAUGAAAAAGAGACUAGGAUCCAGCAGUUGAGACAGCUGCUUCAAGACACCACCUCCGACUCUGACUCCACCUUGUCUUCCUCUGCCUCCUCCGAUCACACCCGGAAGAAGAAGAAGAAGAAAAAAGAGAAGAGGAAGAAACACAAGAAGAAAAAGAAGAAGCACAAGGACAAGGCUAGCGAUGACUCAGACUCCGAUUGAAACAAGGCCAUUGGUCUGGGCG